UCCUUCCUCUCUGGACUGUAAGAAUAUGUCUCCAGGGCCAGUGUCUUCUGAGAUCGAGUCCCACCUUCAAAGUCCUGGCAUCUCAAUGCAUCUGGGAAGCUACCUGCAUUAAGUCAGGACUGAGCACACAGUGAGCUCCAGAAAGAAGAAGCUAUGGCUGCAGUGAUACUGGAGAGCAUCUUUCUGAAGCGAUCCCAGCAGAAAAAGAAAACAUCCCCUUUAAACUUCAAGAAACGCCUCUUUCUCUUGACUGUGCAAAAACUUUCCUACUACGAGUAUGACUUUGAACGUGGGAGAAGAGGCAGUAAGAAGGGUUCAAUAGAUGUUGAGAAGAUCACCUGCGUUGAAACAGUGGUUCCUGAAAAAAAUCCUCCCCCUGAAAGACAGAUUCCGAGAAGGGGUGAAGAGUCCAGUGAAAUGGAGCAGAUUUCAAUCAUUGAAAGGUUCCCUUAUCCCUUCCAGGUUGUAUAUGAUGAAGGGCCUCUUUACGUCUUCUCCCCAACUGAAGAACUGAGGAAGCGUUGGAUUCACCAGCUCAAAAAUGUAAUCCGCUACAACAGUGAUCUGGUACAGAAAUAUCACCCUUGCUUCUGGAUUGAUGGGCAGUAUCUCUGUUGCUCUCAAACAGCCAAAAAUGCUAUGGGCUGCCAAAUUUUGGAGAACAGGAAUGGAAGCUUAAAACCUGGAAGUUCUCACCGAAAGACGAAAAAGCCUCUUCCUCCCACACCUGAGGAGGACCAGAUCUUGAAAAAGCCACUGCCCCCUGAACCAACAGCAACACCGGUCUCCACAAGUGAGCUGAAAAAGGUCGUAGCCCUUUAUGACUACAUGCCAAUGAAUGCAAAUGACCUACAGCUGCGGAAAGGCGAUGAAUAUUUUAUCCUGGAGGAGAGCAAUUUACCCUGGUGGCGAGCGAGGGAUAAAAAUGGGCAGGAAGGCUACAUCCCUAGUAACUAUGUCACUGAAGCAGAAGAUUCCAUAGAAAUGUAUGAGUGGUAUUCCAAACACAUGACUCGGAGUCAAGCUGAGCAACUGCUAAAGCAAGAGGGUAAAGAAGGAGGUUUCAUUGUCAGAGACUCCAGCAAAGCUGGAAAAUAUACUGUGUCCGUGUAUGCUAAAUCUACAGGGGACCCUCAAGGGGUGAUACGCCAUUAUGUUGUGUGUUCCACACCUCAGAACCAGUAUUACUUGGCUGAGAAGCACCUUUUCAACACCAUCCCUGAGCUCAUUAACUACCACCAGCAUAACUCUGCAGGACUCAUAUCCAGGCUCAAAUAUCCAGUGUCUCAACAAAACAAGAAUGCGCCUUCUACUGCAGGCCUGGGCUACGGAUCAUGGGAAAUUGAUCCAAAGGACCUGACCUUCUUGAAGGAGCUGGGGACUGGACAAUUUGGGGUGGUGAAGUAUGGGAAAUGGAGAGGCCAGUAUGAUGUGGCCAUAAAGAUGAUCAAAGAAGGCUCCAUGUCCGAGGAUGAGUUCAUUGAAGAAGCCAAAGUCAUGAUGAAUCUUUCCCAUGAGAAGCUGGUGCAGUUGUAUGGUGUCUGCACCAAACAGCGCCCCAUCUUCAUCAUCACUGAGUAUAUGGCCAAUGGCUGCCUCUUGAACUACCUGAGAGAGAUGCGCCACCGCUUCCAGACUCAGCAGCUGCUGGAGAUGUGCAAGGAUGUCUGCGAAGCCAUGGAAUACCUAGAGUCAAAGCAGUUCCUUCACCGAGACCUGGCAGCUCGAAACUGUUUGGUGAAUGAUCAAGGAGUUGUAAAAGUAUCUGACUUCGGCCUGUCCAGGUAUGUCCUGGAUGAUGAAUACACAAGCUCAGUAGGCUCCAAAUUUCCAGUCCGGUGGUCUCCACCAGAAGUCCUUAUGUAUAGCAAGUUCAGCAGCAAAUCUGACAUUUGGGCUUUUGGGGUUUUGAUGUGGGAAAUUUACUCUCUAGGGAAGAUGCCAUAUGAGAGAUUUACUAACAGUGAAACUGCUGAACACAUUGCCCAAGGCCUACGUCUCUACAGGCCUCAUCUAGCUUCAGAGAGGGUAUAUACCAUCAUGUACAGCUGCUGGCAUGAGAAAGCAGAUGAACGUCCCACUUUCAAAAUUCUUCUGAGCAACAUUCUAGAUGUCAUGGAUGAAGAAUCCUGAGCUCACCAAUAAACUUCUUGGUUCUA